AUGUCCGACCUUUCUGUUGAUACCGAGAUGGAAAUAGUACCAGCUUCAGAAGAAGUUCCUAUUGAGGCUAAAAAGAGAAUUCACGAGGACGAAGACGAAACCCGGUCCCCUGAUGACGCUAAAAGAAUAAAAAUUGAAGGAUCCAAACGUCCCGAUUCGCCUUGUUCUACUACGCCAGUUCCAACACCUAAAUCUACGACGCCAGCUCCUUCUCCUUCAGGUUCAGCAACGAAAAAUUCUACGGUUCCUACGAAUUCUGCACCACCAACAACUACUUUAUACACUCCUCCUGCGACCGCUACGGUUUUUCCUAAAUCUUCUUGGCUAGAUAAAAUGCCUGCAUUACAUUUAAAUGACGCACAAAAAGCAGCAUUAGAUAAAGCUAAAGCUUUCGCAAAAGAAAUGCAGUCGGUCUUACUUAAUUCCGCUGGAAGUAACCAUUCUCCACCACCCCUUCCUACUCUUCUUUUAUCGUCUAAUCCUGGAUUGGCUUCUGGAAUAGAUCCUCGAUCUCUUUCUGUGUUAUCACGCAUUUAUGUCGGAUCUAUAAAUUUUGAAUUAACCGAACAACAUUUACGCGUAGUUUUUGGUCAAUAUGGUGCAAUCAAGAGCGUUAGUAUGUCCUUAGAUCCUCUAACCGGAAAGCAUAAGGGAUUUUGUUUUAUCGAAUUUGAAACUCCGGAAGGUGCCUCCUUAGCUCUUGAUUCAAUGAAUGGUGCUGAAUUAGGUGGAAGACAGCUUAAAGUUGGUCGUCCCAACAAUUAUACAGCUGCAACCGCUGCUGACAAUAUAGGAUUAUCUCCUCCUCCAAAAACUCGAAUAUAUGUCUCAAAUGUUAAUGAAUACGUAAGUGAGGAAGACUUACUGAGCAUAUUUGAAUCAUUUGGAAAAAUCAAUCAUUGUGCUUUAAUGCCUGAUCUCAUAACAAGAAAGCAUAAAGGAUAUGG